AAUAUUGUAUUUGGAUUUUGUUCUCAGCUAUAACACGAAAACCCUAUGAGGGUUUGGUUUUGUUUCAAGAGAUGAACGUGUCGUCUGCCAAUGUGACGGUGGUUUUACAGUAUCGGGACUCCUUCACUAAAGCUGUGGUCAAAAAUGUGAUCGUUGUGGUUCUCGGGAUCUCCAUCAACUACAUCAAUGCAGGCCUCAUUCACACCUUCUGCAAACACCAGAUCUUCUACAGGAAUCCUCGAUAUAUACUUUUCAUUCAUCUGGUGGUCAACGACAUGAUCAUGGUGACGGUGACUGUCACCAUGCUCGUCAUAAGCUAUGUCCUCUUUAAAAUAAAUGUCCCCCUCUGCUACAUCUUCAUCCUACUUGCUCUUUUCGCCAAUGAAAACAGCCCUCUGAACCUGGCCUGCAUGGCAGUAGAGUGCUACAUCGCCAUCUGUCUUCCUCUCCGUCACGUUCAGAUCUGUACAGUAAAGAGAACGUUGAUGCUGAUUGGUUUGAUCUGGUCGACGAGCAUGUUGUCUGUUCUUCCUGAUCUAUUCAUCACUUUGGCCACAGAGCAGCUGGACUUCUUUCAUUCCAGAGUCUUCUGUCUCCGGAAAAAUGUCUUCCCAAAUCCCCACAUCAGCAAGAAGAGAGAUAUCACAUAUUCAGUGUUUCUUGUUAUAGUUUGGAUCACUAUUGUUUACACAUACUUCAUAAUCCUUUUCACUGCAAAAACAGCUAGCAAAGACGCUAAAAAAGCCAGAAACACUAUCCUCCUCCAUGGGUUUCAGGUUAUGCUCUGUAUGGCAACAUAUAUUGCCCCCCAGUUGAAAGAGGCUCUGCUGCAGUGGUUCCCAAAGAAUUACACAGACUCUUUAUUCGCAACUUAUAUUAUUAUACAGGUCCUGCCACGAUCCAUUAGCCCAAUCAUCUAUGGCAUACGAGACAAGACUUUCAGGAUGUACCUGAAACGGUAUCUGUUUCAAGAGAUGAACGUGUCGUCUGCCAAUGUGACGGUGGUUUUACAGUAUCGGGACUCCUUCACUAAAGCUGUGGUCAAAAAUGUGAUUGUUGUGGUUCUCGGGAUCUCCAUCAACUACAUCAAUGCAGGCCUCAUUCACACCUUCUGCAAACACCAGAUCUUCUACAGGAAUCCUCGAUAUAUACUUUUCAUUCAUCUGGUGGUCAACGACAUGAUCCAAGUGACGGUGACCGUCACCAUGUUCAUCAUAAGCUACGUCCUCUUUAAAAUAAAUGUCUCCCUCUGCUCCAGUUUAAUCCUGCUCUCUGUUUUUGUCACUCAAAACACCCCUCUGAACCUGGCCUGCAUGGCGGUAGAGUGCUACAUCGCCAUCUGUCUUCCUCUCCGUCACGUUCAGAUCUGUACAGUAAAGAGAACGUUGAUGCUGAUUGGUUUGAUCUGGUUGACGAGCACGUGUUUUGUAUUUCCUGAUCUGUUCAUCACUUUGGCCACAGAGCAGCUGGACUUCUUUUAUUCCAGAGUCUUCUGCCUCAGACAAACUGUCUUCCCAAAUCCCGUCAUCAUCAAGAAGAGAUACAUCACAUAUUCAGUCUUUCUAGUUAUAGUCUGGUUGACUAUUGUUUACACAUACUUCAUAAUCCUUUUCACUGCAAAAACAGCUAGCAAAGACGCUAAAAAAGCCAGAAACACUAUCCUCCUCCAUGGGUUUCAGGUUAUGCUCUGUAUGGCAACAUACAUUGCCCCCCAGUUGAAAGAGGCUCUGCUGCAGUGGUUCCCAAAGAAUUACACAGACACUUUAUUUGCCUGUUAUAUUAUUAUACAGGUCCUGCCACGAUCCAUUAGCCCAAUCAUCUAUGGCAUACGAGACAAGACUUUCAGGAUGUACCUGAAACGGUAUCUGGUAUGUAAAAUGAGCCCAAAGUAA